AUGAAUACCCUUACAUGCGUUGGACUUUUAUUUCUUUUUCUGUCCUUCAUUGGUGCUAGAUUCCGAAACUAUCUUCCCUGGCUUCAGCCCAAACACCACCCACAAGAUGUUAGUUGCGAGGACCUUAAGCCUCCUCCCAUCAAAGGGAGGGAGAGAUAUAGAGUCAUGAUGGAUAUUCGGAAGCUGGAUGCCCAGAACUGGCUUACCAUCGACAAGAACUACAUGGCGGAGCAUCAGGUCCGGAGUCAAUUGCUGCAACAGGAAAAGCAAAAGGUCCUCCAAUGCCUCCCAGAGUCAUACGAAGCAUGCCUUGAAGCGUUGGAGGAGGUGGUUGAUUUUCUGUGCCAGCGGUUUCCAGACAAAUUCGAACAUAAGAGGUCCGGCGACGAGUCGACCGUUCACAACAAGGUGACCGGCGAAACAUUCGUGUUUGGAGGUCAAAACAAGCAGGUCGAUCCGCUCGAGAUAGCGGUGAGAUUGACCAUGGAAGACCUAAGCAUCUUGAUGAAGAAUGAGGACGACGAGUACUACUUGGCUGCCAGUGCAAGCCUCUUUCCGGUAGGAUGGACUGUACAAGAACGAAUCGGAUGGACAAUCUCCCGGCUUCAUGAACCCGUGCCUCUGUGGCAUCAGCAAGUUGCCGCUUCUGUUAGCAAGUUUUUGAAUCGCCUUACGCCAUCUUCACCAAUGGAACGGUCAAACUACUUUGUUGAAGUGAAGCGCCCUGAUGAAGAUCUAUUUGAGACCCUUUAUCGUCCUACGACAUUGUUUGAGGACAACCCCAACCCAUCCCCUGAGGAUAUCGUCAUCCGCCGUGAGCGACAGACCUUCCGUAGACUGCCUCGGACUGGAACACUCGUUUUUGGCGUCAAGACGUUUCUUACCACCAUGGAUGAACUGCCCAUGCAGGAACUGCGAAAUUUAGCCAAAGAAAUCAAAAGCUGGCCGGAUUAUGUCGGCGAAUACAAAGGAAGGGAAGUAUGGGGGGCGAAGGCGUUGGAAUUCUGUGAGAAGCGAAGCCGAGAGGAAGAAAAGCUCAAGGAAGAGAUGCUGUCAUGUUUUCUUCUUCUUCUUCUUCUUCUUCUUCUUCUUCUUCUUCUUCCUCUUGUCAUUGUGAUUUCAUGA